CACUACAGAGUCACUUCCUUCAGAACACUCCACCAAAGCUUGCUCCGAAAAUGGCAGCAGAAAUGGCCCUCGUGAAACCCAUCUCCAAAUUUUGCAGCUCAACCCCUAAAUUUAGCAACCCAAGAAGCGGUUCAUACCCAAAGUUCACCACCAUCAAAAUGACGGCCACUUCACAGCCUCCCACCACCACCAAGCCUAGCAAGAAGGCUGGUAAAAAUGUCAUUAAGGAGACCCUCUUGGCACCAAGGUUUUACACCACUGACUUCGAUGAGAUGGAGACCCUUUUCAACACUGAGAUCAACAAGAACCUCAACCAGGCUGAGUUUGAAGCUCUGCUGCAAGAAUUCAAGACUGACUUCAACCAGACCCACUUUGUCAGAAACAAGGAGUUCAAGGAGGCUGCUGAUAAAUUGCAAGGACCUCUCAGGCAAAUCUUUGUGGAGUUCUUGGAGAGGUCCUGCACUGCUGAGUUCUCUGGGUUCCUUCUCUACAAAGAGCUUGGCAGAAGGCUCAAGAAAACCAAUCCAGUUGUAGCAGAGAUUUUCUCUCUUAUGUCCAGGGAUGAAGCCAGGCAUGCUGGAUUUCUGAACAAGGGUCUGUCUGAUUUUAAUUUGGCCUUGGACUUGGGUUUCCUAACAAAGGCUCGGAAGUACACAUUUUUCAAGCCAAAGUUCAUCUUUUAUGCUACUUAUCUAUCUGAGAAAAUUGGGUACUGGAGAUACAUAACCAUAUACAGACAUCUCAAGGCCAAUCCUGAGUACCAAUGUUAUCCCAUUUUCAAGUAUUUUGAGAACUGGUGCCAGGAUGAGAACCGGCAUGGUGAUUUCUUCUCUGCAUUGAUGAAAGCCCAGCCCCAAUUUCUCAAUGACUGGAAAGCAAAGUUGUGGUCCCGAUUCUUCUGCCUUUCGGUUUAUGUGACCAUGUACCUAAAUGAUUGCCAACGCACAGCUUUCUAUGAAGGCAUUGGGCUCAACACAAAAGAAUUCGAUAUGCAUGUCAUCAUCGAGACAAACCGCACAACAGCAAGGAUUUUCCCAGCAGUGCUAGACGUUGAGAACCCUGAGUUUAAAAGGAAGUUGGACACCAUGGUGGAGAUUAACAAGAAGCUUAUCGCAAUUGGGGAGAACGACGAGCUGCCAUUUGUGAAGAACCUAAAGAGGAUACCACUUGUGGCAGCCUUGGCCUCUGAGCUCCUGGCGGCAUAUCUGAUGCCACCAAUUGAGUCUGGAUCUGUUGAUAUUGCGGAGUUUGACCCACAACUUGUGUACUAGUUUUUUUGUAUGAGUUCUAUCUCAUCUCAUCCUUGUUAGCUUCAAUUCUUGUAGUUAAACAAAUUACAUUUUAUCCAUAUGAUGUCACAUAUUUUCAUA